AACUAGAUAUAAAGGAUAAAAUAUAUUUAUUUUAUUUAUCGGUAUAAUUUUUUAUAUCCUGAUGCUUGUAUUCAAUCGCUACUCUGUACAACGUAUACGUACGUUUCAUGGAGUAUAAAAUACUCGACUAACGCGUUUAUCCACUCCCUCCAAUGUCCUCUGUCUUCAGCUAUAUAAUUCGACAACUUGCUUCAACUGUUACAAAGAGCGGUUUACUUUCCGCUGUAUAGGGUAACUUUCAAAGAGACAAAGAUAAGAUUUGUUUUUAAAUUACCAUCUAUUGCUUCGUUAAACGGAACGUAGUAAAUUGUACAUUUUUCUAUUUUCAUAUCGCUUUCAUUGGUAUAAUCAUCAUAGAGUUUUGCAUUUUGAAAUCGAAGCUGGAAGAACGUGCUUCAAUUACAAUAUGAAGAUUUAUCUCUUAUUAUUUGCCUUGGUCGCAGUCGUUUGUGUAACAGCGGAAGAUUAUACCACCAAAUAUGACAAUGUAGACGUCGACAGGAUCCUGCAAAAUGGUCGUAUCCUCACCAAUUACAUUAAGUGCAUGCUGGACGAAGGACCAUGUACCAACGAGGGCAGAGAAUUAAAAAAAAUUUUACCCGACGCUUUAUCUACAGGUUGUAGUAAAUGCAAUGAAAAACAGAAAUAUACAGCGAACAAAGUAGUAAAUUAUCUGAGAACUAAAAGACCGAAGGAUUGGGAACGACUUUCCACAAAGUAUGAUUCAAGUGGCGAAUAUAAAAAGCGUUACGAAAAUGUAUUACAACCUACCAAAAACAGUUGAAUUUAUAUCUAUAGAUCUAAACAAUAAAUUUAUGAGGAGAUUUGUACAAUAAAACUAUAACUAAAGUAAUAAAAUAGCUUAAUGUAUACAUA